AUCCUGCCCGUAAACGACGUGGGAAUCCGAACAACAUUUUUUAAUUUUUUUUUAAUUUAGAAACACAGAACUCAAUCGCUAGGGGGAUAAAAUGUGCAUUCACAUUUUUUUGAGCGUUUAACGGACCAAAUAUAUUGCUUGGCUUCUUGAGAGGACACGACACCACCCGGAAAUGACCGUAAAAAGUGUUGUUAGCGUUAGCUUACUACGUAGGAACCAUAACAACGCUGCCCGCAGUUCAUAUUCUGCUCAUUUUUAUGUUUUUUUUUAAAAACUCAUUCGCUAGGGAAUAAAAUGUGCUUUCACAUUUUUUGAGUGUUUAACGGACUAAAUAUAUGACUUGGCUUUUUUCGAGGACACGACACCAGCCGGAAAUGGCCGGAAGUAGUGUUGUUAGCAUUAGCUUACGAUGUGGGAACCAUAACAACACUGCCAGCAGUUCAUAUUCUGCUCAUUUUUUUUCAUUAUUUUUAUUUAGAAUCACAAAUCUCAAUUACCAGGGAUAAAAUUUGCUUUCAUAAUUUUUGAGCGUUUAACGAACUAAAUAUAUUACUUGGCUUUUUGAGAGGACACACCAGCCGGAAAUGACCGGAAGCAGUGUUGUUAGCAUUAGCUUGUACUAACAAGUCGAACGUCUGCCUCGACUCCGGACUCUUUAACGCUUUGGUCGUUAAAUUCCACUAUUUUUUUUUUUGUUAUUCAAACACCGGACUACACUUAAAAAGUUAAUUCGCGACGGAAGCUUUAUCAUUUUUUUUAUGGAUUUAUUUUUCAAUGCGUUUUCUGCCAUGUAAAGCUUCUGCAUCUCCUUCGUGACUUCAAUGGGGAAAAGGAAAGACUUGGUUCAUUCCAGAGUUCUCGGCGAAGGUGGCGCGGGGCCACACGGUAAGCACAAGCAUAAAAAGCACAAGAGGCACAAGAGGAGGCAUCAUGGCCCCUCUGGGGCACCGGUGCCUGCCGCCGGCGUCGUAGCCGCCGCUCCUCGCCCGCCACCGCAGCUGCGGCUCAAGAUCAAGCUGGGAGGGCAAACGCUCGGAACCAAAAGCGUACCCACCUUCACCGUGCAUCCUGGGGUGGCUUGUUCGCCGUCGCCGCUGAUGAUUGUGGACGACGAUGACAACGACGAUGACGACGACGAGCCUUCUGUACCCCUGGAGCAGUACCGGGCCUGGCUGGACGAAGACAGCAACAUGGCCACGUCCCCUCUGCCUGACGUGGACUCGGACUCCAUGUUGGGAGUGCCGGUGGACGAGGAGGAGAGGUGGCUGGAUGCUCUUGAGAAGGGCGAGCUCGACGACAACGGCGAGUUGAGGAAGGAGGUCGACGAGUCUCUGCUCACUGCCAGACAGAAAGCGCUACUCCACAAGCAGCAGAUCCAGCCUCUUCUGGAGCUGCCCAUGGGCUACAAGGAGAAGGAGAUGACCGCCGAGAUGAUGCAGAAGCGGGAGGAGCGCGCUCGGAAACGCCGCCUGCAGGCGGCCAAGAAAGCGGAGGAGAACAAGAACCAGACCAUCGAGAGGCUCACCAAGACCAGCAAGGCCAAGAUCAAAAGCAUGCGCGAGAAGAAGUCCAAGCAGAGUCAGUGUCCCAUCGUCCACUACAGCGACUCGGCCCGAGGCGUGACCAUCUCCUUCCCCGCGGGCGUCGCCGCCCCCCGGGCCACUGCGCCGCCCCCGCCGCCGCCGGUCCCUUUGAGAUGCGGCGUGAGCGGCUGCUCCAACCAGAAGAAGUAUCGCUGCUCCAAAACGGGCGUCCCUCUAUGCAGCCUGCGGUGCUACAAGACCAACAUGGAGUCAGUCCGGGGCACGGGCGUGACGGCCCUCUGAGGGGGAAACCGGAACCGCGACGUGGCCCGCCGAGAGUUCGACGCUGCCUCGCCGGACGCAAAUGCACCCCCCCCCCUCCCCCCUCACGCUCCGCGUUUCAAACGCAUUAAAACGGGAUUCUUUCACUGCCAUUGACGGCUAUGGACGUCAAAUAUCCGCGGAAACUCGGGGGUGGGGGGCGGGGCAGUAAAAGUCUUGUUAUGGAGAUGUGCGUGAAUGAUAAAUCGUUGUAUAGAGGGAGAAGAUUGUGAAUGAUUUUAAUAAAUCGACACCAACGAUAGUUUUACGACACUGGUGUCAAACUCGAGGCCCGGGGGCCAGAUCCGGCCCGCCCAGACGGUUUAAUGUGGCCCGCAGAGGUAAAUCAUGUGUGUCAACCUCCAUGAGUCCUGUUUGAAUCUGGAACAAAAUUUCAAAUUAUAUCCAAAAUAACGUUGACGACAUAGGUGUCAAAAUCGCGGGCUGGGGGCCAGAUCUGGCCCGCCCAGACGGUUUUAUGUGGCCCUCAGUGGUAAAUCAUGUGUGUCAACCUCCAUGAUUCUUGUUUGAAUCUGGACCAAAAUUUCAAAUUAUAUGAUAAAUAAUAACGUUGACGACAUAGGUGUCAAAAUCGAUGCCCGGGGGCCAGAUCCAGCCCGCCCAGACGGUUUGAUGUGGCCCACAAAGGGAAGUCAUAUGUGUCAACCAUGAUUAUUGUUUGAAUCUGGACCAAAAUUUCAAAUUAUAUUUUAAACGAUAAUGUUGAUGACAGGUGUCAAAAUCGCAGGCUGGGGGCCAAAUACGGCCCACCAGAUGGUUUUAUGUGGCCCACAGAGGUAAAUCAUGUGUCAACCUCCAUGAGUCCUGUUUGAAUCUGGACCAAAAUUUCAAAUUAUAUUAUACAUGAUAAUGUUGAUGACAUAGGUGUCAAAAUCGAUGCCCGGGGGCCAAAUCCGGCCCGCCCAUACGGUUUGAUGUGGCCCACAAAGGGAAGUCAUAUGUGUCAACCAUGAUUAUUGUUUGAAUCUGGACCAAAAUUUCAAAUUAUAUGAUAAAUGAUAACAUUGACAACAUAGGUGUCCAAAUCGAGCCCCGGGGGCCAGAUCCGGCCCGCCCAUACGGUUUGAUGUGGCCCACAAAGGGAAGUCAUAUGUGUCAACCAUGAUUCUUGUUUGAAUCUGGACUAAAAUUUCAAAUUAUAUUUUAAAUGAUAAAGUUGAUGACACAGGUGUAAAAAUCGAGGCCGGGGGGCCAAAUCCGGCCCACCAGAUCGUUUUAUGUGGCCCGUGAAGGUAAAUCAUAUGUCAACCUCCAUGAGUCCUGUUUGAAUCUGGACCAAAAUUUCAAAUUAUAUGAUAAAUAACGUUGACGACAUAGGUGUCAAAAUCGAUGCCCGGGGGCCAAAUCCGGCCCGCCCAUACGGUUUGAUGUGGCCCACAAAGGGAAGUCAUAUGUGUCAACCAUGAUUAUUGUUUGAAUCUGGACCAAAAUUUCAAAUUAUAUGAUAAAUGAUAACAUUGACAACAUACGUGUCCAAAUCGAGCCCCGGGGGCCAGAUCUGGCCCGCCCAGACGUUUUUAUGUGGCCCGCAGAGGUAAAUCAUGUGUGUCAACCUCCAUGAGUCCUGUUUGAAUCUGGACCAAAAUUUCAAAUUAUAUGAUAAAUAACGUUGACGACAUAGGUGUCAAAAUCGAUGCCCGGGGGCCAAAUCGGGCCCGCCCAUACGGUUUGAUGUGGCCCACAAAGGGAAGUCAUAUGUGUCAACCAUGAUUCUUGUUUGAAUCUGGACUAAAAUUUAAAAUUAUAUUUUAAAUGAUAAAGUUGAUGACACAGGUGUAAAAAUCGAGGCCGGGGGGGCCAAAUCCGGCCCACCAGAUCGUUUUAUGUGGCCCGUGAAGGUAAAUCAUAUGUCAACCUCCAUGAGUCCUGUUUGAAUCUGGAACAAAAUUUCAAAUUAUAAAUGAUAAUGUUGAUGACAGGUGUCAAAGUCAUGGCCUGGGGGCCAGAUCCGGCCCGCCCAGACGGUUUGAUGUGGCCCGCAAAGGGAAGUCAUACGUGUCAACCAUGAUUGUUUGAAUCUGGACCAAAAUUUCAAAUUAUAUUUUAAAUGAUAAUGUUGAUGACAGGUGUCAAAAUCGCGGGCUGGGGGCCAAAUACCUAGAUGGUUUUAUGUGGCCCGCAAAGGUAAAUCAUGCGUCAACCUUUGUGAUUCUUGUCUGAAUCUGGAACAAAAUUUCGAAUUAUAUUAUGAUAACAUAUUAUGACAUAGGUGUCAAAAUCGAGGCCCGGGGGCCAGAUCCAGUUCGCCAGACGAUUUUAUGUGGGCCGCAAAGGUAAAUCAUAUGUGUCUACCUCCAUGAUUCUUGUUUGAAUCUGGACCGAAAUUUCCAAUUGUCAUAUCACAAAUGAUAAUGUUGAUGGCAUCUGUGUCAAAAUCAAGGCCCGGGGGCCAGAUCCAGCCCGCCCAUACGGUUUUAUGUGGCCCAUAAAGAUAAAUCAUAUGUGUCAACCUCCAUGAUUCCUGUUUGAAUCUGGACUGAAAUUUCAAAUUAUAUUAUAAAUAAUGUUGACGACAUGGGUGUCAAAAUUGAGGCCCGGGGGCCAGAUCUGGCCUGCCAGAUGGUUUUAUGGGCCCAUAAAGGUAAAUCACAUGUGCCAACCUCCAUGACUCUUGUUUGAAUCUAGACCGAAAUUUCAAAUUAUUUUAUAAAGGAUAAUGUUGAUGACAGGUGUCAAAAUCAAGGCCCGGGGGCCAAAUCUGGUCCGCCAGAUGGUUUUAUGUGGCACAUAAAGGUAAAUCUUGUGUGUCAACCUCCAUGGUUUCUGUUUGAAUCUGGAACAAAAUUUCAAAUUAUAAUAUAAAUGAUAACAUUGACGACAGGUGUCAAAAUCAAGGCCCGGGGGCCAAAUCCGACCCGCCAGAUGGUUUUAUGUGGCACAUAAAGGUAAAUCAUCUGUGUCAACCUCCAUGAUUCUUGUUCGAA